AUGGCGACAGGUGCUGCAGCAAGCAUGGCAUCCACCAGCGCGGAUGCGUUGCCGCCAUUCAUUGUCAAGGCCAGCUCUUCGCGCCCCUUGAAGCCCAAUACGCAGUCGCAGCGUUGGCUCAAGGGAUCCAACACAGCAGCCCGCCUCGUACACUACUCUGGCGAGGUGCACCCAGCCUCUUCAUCGUCACGAAUCUCGAAAUAUGCUCCUACCUUCACCAAGGAUGACAUGGACGUGGACCAGGACGAUAUGGAUGCAGGAGACGACCAAGACGAUGACGUCAAGAUUGCGGUAGCGGGCACGAGCAUUGCUUCGUCACACGUCUUUAUGAAGGGCCACGGAACGUUCCUGUCCACCAACUCGGACGAGAUCCUGUCGUCCAUGUGUGGCACAGUGGAGCGUGUCAACAAGUUGAUAUCCGUUCGACCGGCAAGGUCGAGAUAUGCGGCCGAGGUGGGUGAUCUGGUGAUCGGCAGAAUCACAGAGGUCGGUCCCAAGCGCUGGAAGGUGGACAUCAACGCAAAGACCGACUCGGCACUCCAACUCUCGUCGAUCAACCUUCCGGGUGGUAUCCAGCGUCGAAAGGUGGAGAGUGACGAACUUCAGAUGCGCAACUUUUUCCAGGAGAACGAUCUGUUGGUGGCAGAGGUUCAGAUGAUGUUCCAGGACAACUCGUCGGCGUUGCACACGCGUUCGCUGCGCUAUGGCAAGCUCAAGAACGGCGUCCUGGUCACAGCAUCGCCCAACCUCAUUCAGCGUCUCAAGUCGCAUUUCGUCCAUCUCAGAAACGACGACCUCUCGCUCAAUGUCGAUCUCAUCAUCGGUCUGAACGGAUACAUCUGGAUCGCAAAACACUUCCCCUACAACCAACCUUCCAACAGCUCCUCGGGCGGUGCUGCGAGUUCCGGCAUCAACUCGGAACAGCAGAAAGGUCUGGCGGGUUCAGGCGUCGGAAUGGACAUUGAUGCUACGUAUUCGGAUCAAAACGACCCCGACCUCUCCCCGGAACUGCGCCGUCAGAUUCAGCGCGUCGCCAAGUGCAUCCACAUCCUCGAUGCCUACCAUCACCCCAUCUCGGACAACACCAUCCUGACGCUCGUCUCCAUCUCGGUCGCCUACGUCGGACCUAUCCUCCAGCAACACGAGCAGCAGGACUGGCACCGCGACCCCAACUUGACCAUCCUCAUGGUCGAGCAGCUCCGUGCCGGAGCCACCCUGUCGGAAUAA